AAUGGAAGUAAAUGGGGGUGUUGAGCAGAAAAUUAGGAAGAAGGAGGUGUUGAUUGAAGAAAGAGUUUAUGAAAAUAUGUACCAGAACACUAGAAUGGAUGAUAUUGAUGUGCUAUCUCGAGAUUAUUGGUCUAUUUGUGAUGAAUCAAUUUACUUUACUGAAUUCGUUCUAAAGAAAAUGAGAAAAUUUAAGAAAACUAAAGUUCAUACUGUAACAGUUUGGGAGUACUGAAAUGAGAAGAUGUUCAAGGAAUUUCUCAAGGCUUCUUUAAUAAAAGAAAUUCCAAAAUUUUGGAUGAUGUUCCAAAAUGCUGGCAGAUUUUCAAUAAACCAACUACCUAACAUCUCCAAAUACCUAUGUUUAUCGUGUUGUGACAUCGAUCAGAGACAAUUCAGAAAGAUUAUUCAAGUAGGAAGACAUAUUGAGGAAAUGAAAUUUGAAUGGUGAAUGAUCGAAUUUAGAGACUUCAAGCUUAGCAAAUCCUUACACUAUGCCAUCAAAUCAAUAGAAUUUACUAUUCUUAACUCUAGAGACAAGAACCAACAAGAAAAGUAUGAAGUAGAAAUGAAGCAAGGGAUCCAAGGAUUUGUUAAAGCAGCUUCAUUUACUGAUUUAAAGCAGUCAUUGAAAUCUCUAAAGCUUUACAAUAACGGAAAAGAAUGCUCAAUUCCACAAUGGGAAAUCUAAUCCCAACCAAAAAUACCAACACUCAAAACCCCAUAUUGGCUGUGCUAAAUUUAAACCUAUUCAAUAAUAUC